UGAAGAUGUGGCGUUAUUAUCGGUACAAUAUUGCGAAGGCGAAAGAAGAAAAAUACUCGAAGAUAUUGGGUUCAUCCAUAUAGUACAGCUAAUCUUCAUCGCAGUAUAUUUAAAAGUUGUACUGGUGAAGAAAUGAUGGAAGAUCAAGCAAAAUUUCAAUCAUUUUAAAGAAUGUUACGAGAGACAUUUUUAGUACUUUUGGAUAUAAUUGGACCUUCUAUCAAGAGAUCGGAUACAAAAUUUCGGGAAUCCAUUACACCAAAGGAAAAACUAAUUAUUACAAUGAGAUACUUGGCAACCGGAAUGAGUUUCAAGCAGUUAUCUUUCCAAUUUAUGAGAGGAGACUCUACAAUUGGACAGCUAGUUGAAGAAGUUUGUGACAAUAUUUGGUCAAGUUUGCAAAUGGAAUGCAUGCCUUUUCCAAGUGAAUUGCAAUGGAUUGAAAAAGCCGAACGCUUUGACGAACUUUGGAAUUUACCGAAUUGUAUUGGUAGUAUCGAUGGAAAACAUAUUAGAAUAUAUUGUCCAGCCAAGACGGGAUCCGCCUUUCAUAAUUAUAAAAGUUAUUUUUCAUUGCAAUUAUUGGCUAUAGCGGAUGCAGAUAGCAAUUUUACUGCAAUUGACGUUGGCGACUACGGUAGAAAUGGUGAUGGGGCAGUAUUUAAAAAUUCAAGUAUUGGACGAAACUUCCAGGCAAACACACUCAAUUUUCCACCACCGCAGCCUUUGCCCAAAGAACCACACGAGCCGGCUUUUCGCUAUUAUUUUGUCGGAGAUCCUGCCUUCCCUCUUUGUAAAAAUUUAUCAAAGCUUUAUCCGUCAAGAAAUUUAACAAACCCGAAAAGAAUCUUCAACUAUAGGUUAUCACGAGCUCAUCGAAGUGUAGAAUGUGCGUUUGGUAUAUUGGUGUCAAAAUUUAAAAUUCUAGAGAGACCUAUACUAUGCUCACCCCAAAAAGUUGAUAAAAUUGUUAAGGCAAUUUGUGUGUUACACAAUUUUAUAAGAAAAAUGGAUGGAAAAAUGUCAGAGCCAAUAUUUGAAAUGGGCAGGUUACCAAAUAAUAAUAUUAACACACAACAAAUAUUACAAAAUUUUCACCCUCAAUAUCAGCGCGGCACAAAUGAGGCGAUAAUAUUGCGAGAUAGAUUAUGUUCAUGUGUAAAUCAGCCCUAUGCGGCAUUACCUUGGCAGUCAAAAUAUUGUUUAUAAUGAAUAAUAUUAUAACUGUUCUUCAUCACGUUUUUAAAUUAAUAAUUAUGUUUAUAACUACAGUGUGUAAAAAGUUAACAUUUUACCAAAUGGGUUUUUUUAUUGAGUUAAAAAAAUCAAGAAAUGUUCAGAAAAAAGUCUGCUUCGUUCAUUCAAUUUUUGGGCCUC